AUGGCUCGGGUGAGAUCCGGUUUGCGCGCGGCGCGGGUGCUGCUGGCGCUGCUACUAGCGGUGGCCUGCAGUCUGCGGUGCGCCGUGUGCGUUCAAGUGCCGACUGCCCCUAAGAAGGCGCUUUACAUCGUCCGCCUUCGAUCCGCUCCCCCGAUCACCGGCUAUCGCGGCGGCAUUGGUAGCUACCCCGCUACCGGCCCCCCCGCACCUGACGCCGCCGGUGACGGCGCUGCUGGCGACGAAUCCGACUCGCAACCUGCCGCCGCCGCUCCCGCUCCCGCCUCCAGCGCCGCUGACUCAACCGCGUCGACCGCCACGUGGCCGAACACCACUGGCUUCGCUGCCGCCAGCGCCACGCCGGCCGGGGCCGCGGGGGCGUCGAUCUCCCCGCAGGGCUUGGGCGCGCGGAGGGGGAGGUGGAAGAUCAACCCGCGGCUGCCGCACGUGCGCGCGUUCGGGAAGUUUCUGAAGGCGCAGCAGGACAGCCUGGCGGCGGAGAUAGGGGCGACCGCCGUUUACAAUUUCAAGUUCGCGAGCAACGCGUUCGCGGCGCUGCUGACGCCGAAGCAGGUGUGGCGGCUGCAGCGGCACCCGGACGUGGCGCUGGUGCGGCGCAGCGGCGUCGCGAAGCGGCUCGGCGGCAUGCCGUCGACGUCGUUCCUGGACCUGCAGCGCACGGCGUGGGCGCAGGCGGGCGGCGUGGGCAGCGCGGGCGACGGCGUGGUAGUGGGCGUCAUCGACACGGGCAUCUGGCCCGAACACAAGAUGUUCCUAGAUGACGGCUCGUUCUCGGCGCCGGGGACGUGGGCGGGGACGUGCGACACGACGACGGACUUCCCCGCGGCGCUGUGCACGGGGAAGCUGGUGGGCGCGCGCACGUUCUCGAGUGGGUUCGAGUCGGAGAUCGGCGCGCGCGACUUCACUGACGAUUACGACUCGCCCAGGGACUCGGACAGCCACGGCACGUGGUGUGCGGGCGCAGCAGUGGGCAACAGCGGCGUAACCCUCGUGACCCCCUUCGGCACCAACCUGGGCGCAUACAGCGGAGUGGCCCCGCACGCCAACCUCGCAGUCUACAAGGUGUUUUGGAAGAUCCAGGGCAGCUCGUCCGCCAGCUUCGUGGACAUAGAGGCGGCGCUGGACCAGGCUGUUGCUGACGGUGCUGAUGUGCUGAGUUUAUCCCUUGGCGCGCUCGACCCCUCUGCCACCUACUUUGAUGAUGUCUCGUACAUGCAGGCUAACUUGGCGGGAGUGACGGUGGUGUAUGCAGCGGGCAACUCAGGGAAGCCGCCAGGCAACCUGCUCUUCCCCUACAUCUUCCGCUCCGUCUCCAACUUCUCGCCCUUCUACCUCACCAUUGGCGCCAGCACUCUCCUUCUCUCCCUCCCCUCCAACCGCCUCUCUCCACCAUCUUCUCGCCUCUCUAUUUUGUUCCCUGCCCCCAACCUUCCAUCUCCCCUCCGCUCCCCACUCUCCCCACCUUCCGCCCCCACUCUCUCCUGCAGCACGAUAAACAAGGCGAGAACACUGUAUGGGAAGAAGGCCCCUCCUAGAACCACUGCCGCGUCCACCACCACUCGCUCCACCGCUGCUGCUCUCACCGCCACUGCUGCCACCGCCACCGCUCUCGAUCCCACCAUCAGCAGCAGCAGCAGCAGCAGCAGCAGCAGCAGCAGCGACCUGGAUGAGCAGCAGGCAGCUGCUGUGCGUGCUGUGGUGGCCAUGCAAGAAGCACGCACGGCCACCCCUGUCUUCCCUGCUGCUGCUGCUGCUGCUGCUGGUGACUCUGACUAUCCCAUAGCCGGCCCUGUUGACAGCAGCAGCAGCAACAGCACUGCUCUCACAAGUGAGCUGGUGCAUUCCCUACAGGAGGAAGGAAUGGUGGUGCGGGGCAACUGGCCCGCUCUCCACUCCACCCCUGUGCUCCUCGCUGCUGCUGCCGCCCUCCCAGGCGCCAGCAGCACUGAAUCCGCGCGGCUGUGCCUAGCUGGGUCGCUGGCUCCUGGUGUGGUGAGAGGGAAUGUGGUGGUGUGUGCGAGUGGCGGGUCGACGGUUGGGGAGAAGGUGGCAGUGGUGGCAGCGGCGGGAGGGAGAGCGGUGGUGGUGAGUGGGGUGGAGGUGAAUUGGGAGGAGGAGGGCGGGCAUGAGAUGCCGUGCACUGAGGCAUGGGCGUUACCUGUGAUGCUGGUGGACCAUGAUGACUCGGCCGCCAUGUUCGCUCUCAUCAAUGCACUCACUGCCAAGAGCAAGGGCAAGAAGGGCGGACGAAGAGCAACGACCCUAUCCAUCCUGGACAUAUUAAACUACAUGAAGGGGCCAAACGUCGCCACCUUCACCUCCACGUCGUCCCCCAUUGCCAUGUCUCUCACUCAUCCCAUCACCCUCCCCCUCCCCACCCAACCUCCCCCCAUCUCCCCCACCAGAGCAACGACCCUGUCCAUUCUCGACAUAUUCAACCACAUGAAGGGCCCCAUCGUCACACCUUCUCCUCCACCACCAACGACCCUCUCCAUCCUGGACAUAUUCAACUACAUGAAGGGCCCCAUCGUCGCCACCUUCUCCUCCACGGGCCCGCUCACGCCCAUGACAGCGCGCAACCGCGGGCCCUACCCCACCAACCACAUCCUCAAGCCCGACGUCAUCGCGCCAGGCGUCAACCUCUACUCCGCCGCGCCCGGCACCAGCCCCAACAACGCGCAGAUGCUCUCUGGGACCUCCAUGGCCACGCCGCAUGUAGCCGGGUUCGCGGCGCUGAUCAUCCAGGCGCAUUCGGACUGGACGCCCGCGCAGGUCAUGUCGGCGAUUAUGACCACGGCCAGGACUCACAACAGCGCCGGCACGCCAAUUUUCCACGCGUCGGCUACGAGAGCGUCGCCGUGGCAUCUCGGAUCCGGGCACAUCAACCCACAGAAGGUGCUGGAUCCAGGGUUGACGUACGAUGCAGUGGAGGCGGAUUAUAAGAACUUUCUGGCAGGGAGGAAGAUGCGGUGGGCUAAGGCCAUGUUUCCCUCGGAUGCCCUGGCUCCUCUGAGGGCGUACCAGCUGAACCGGCCGUGUAUAUCGGUGCAAGGGCUGCAGAGCACGGUGGUGAUUGUGCGGCGCGUGACGAAUGUUGCGACGAGUAGUUCGACGUAUCGGGCUAAAGUGAAGCAGCCGUUUGGGGUGGCUGUGAAGGUGAAGCCGCGGAAGUUCACGAUUGCGCCUGGCGCCACGCAGGUGUUUAAAGUGACACUCACGCUGCAGCUUCCGUGGAAGCUGUUUCGGUUUGGGAGCUUGUGGUGGCUGGACGGUAAAGGGCACUCGGUUAGGAUCCCCAUUGCUGUGCAACCGUCAUGGAUUCGGUGA